UUAUGAUAUUUGACGUUUUCAUUUUCUUAACAAAAAAAUUUACAUGCAAAAGUAACAAUGAACGAAGAAAUCGAGGAAACAGAAUUUUAUCAACAGGAUUUCACCACUGCUUCUGAAUGGGAAAUAUUUAUUUCACGUAUAGAAGAAAUUAUCAAUCAGUGGAGGGUAGACGAUUUGAAAGAAACACAAAAUAAAGAGUGCAUAUGGAUAACAAAAUCUGAAAAACUUAUGUUUGCUGAUGUGGAAUUCGAAUUCUUGUAUUAUGAGAAAGUCAAAAAAACUGAACCUCCCUGUGAAGACACGAGCAAUAGAAAGGAAAGAUUCAAAAUUGAGAAUUCUAUAGAUUUAAGACAUGAAUUCCACUUAUUUGAUGAAAGUUUAUGCCACUCUCAUUCCCUAAUAUAUACUUGGUAUGGAGUUGAGAAAUAUUUCGUUUUAACAACCACUGGUAACAUUGAAAUAAAUUCAGAAAGCAAAAUAAAAGUUUUGUUGAGCUCCUUAGUAAUUGCAGUUAGCAAUUUAAAUUGUCAUAUACCAGCGUUUGUACAGAUUAGAGAAAAAUGGCAACGCUUAUAUUUAGGAGUACAUCAAAAUGAACGAUUCAGAACAAAUUUCUCAAUGGUUCACUUAAAAAGAAUCCCACUAAACUGUCGGUAUCUUUCAGAUCUGAUUCAAAUGUUCUUACAGAAAGUUAAAAUUUCCCAUGUUACCAAUACAGUCUGUUGUGGAACUCAAUUCACUUAUGAUUUGACAGAUUUUGGGAGUAGUGUUUGGAAACAGGAUAUUUUCUCACUUGAUAAUGAUAAUUUAGAUGUGAAAUCUUUAUAUCGUUUGCCAUUUGGUGUUGCUGUAGAUCCAAUAGCUACAUUGAAAUUAAAAGGCUCAUGGUUGAAGCAGCCAAGCACUGCUAUUGGAGAAUAUCAAUUUCGUUCAGUAUUUGAAGGAGACAGAGCGAAAAAUUGGUCCAUUUUAGUAGAAGAUGCCGAACCACCUGUUUGCCUUUUGUCUGACUGCUUGAAUGAUUAUGUCAAUUCACUGAAGAAUAACUCAACCAUUCAAGAUAUCCUGGCAGAACUCAGCUUUGAUUCCUUGGUAGAAACAAAAUCUUCAACUAUUUCAUCAAUUUUAGGAAGAGCUGCUAGGAAUUCACUAUCAGGAGCUCAAAAGUUAACGAGUACUAUUCCAGAAAAUGUGUUGGUCGCUAUUUUGUAUUAUCUAUUUCCGGAUGCAGAUACAAGAGAGUCAGAACCAAGUUAUCCUUAUGAUAAAAAGGGCGAGAAUAACUUAGAUGAGUCAAAAAAAUUCCUCAAUGUCAACAAGGAAUGCAAAGGAUUUAAAACCUGUCCUUCUGAUUCCCUCCUAUGGAGGUUUUGCAUUAUUUCAGCAGGCUUAUUGAAUUCUUCUGGAUUUAGAGCUUUUGCACAAAUAUGGAAUGAAUUCAUUCAGGAAAUGAGGUAUAGAUGGGAGAUGAAUAUCUUCAUACCAGGAUUGUCUCGAGAUAAUCCGGAUUUGCGUACGUGCCUUCUCCAUCAAAAACUCCAGAUGCUGAACUGCUGCAUCGAAAGGAAAAAAUCGCGCGAAGAUUCCCAGAAAGAGCUAGACUUCGAUUCCGCUGAAGGUUCAUCAUCCGACGAAGAGUUCUUCGACUGCGCGGAGAAGCCUGUCGAGGAAGUCAAGAAGAUGCAACCUGUCGGCAGACUGGGCAAAUACGAAGGCCUGAAACUGAUAGAAACCGGGGAGUUCUUGUAUAUCCCGAUCACCCAGGAACCAGUCCCCAAAACGGAAGAUCAGCUGGACGAAGACGCAGACGUCCUGCUCAAACUAGGUUCUGACGCUCAAGGAUCCGAGAUGCGAGCCAAGCUGAUGAGCGCGUCUCUCCUAUCCGACAUGGAGGCCUUCAAAGCUGCAAAUCCGGGCGCCAUUUUGGAAGACUUCGUUAGGUGGUAUUCUCCCAGAGACUGGACCGAAGCAGACGAAGAGGAUCAGUGGGGCCAGAAGAAGGGCGAACUGAGUAAAAGAAUGCUCAUCGAAGACAACAUCUGGGCGCAGACGUGGAAAACGGCCAAACCUGUACCUGCCAACAAACAGAAACUACUCUUCUUAGAUACCACAGAAGCGGAAAAAGUCAUGCAUUUCCUCGAGUCCAGGACGCUCCAACAAGUUAUAGAACUAUUGAUUCCGAUAAUGUUGCAGGUUGCUGUUUAUAGACUAGCGGAAGAAAUCCUUCCUUUCGAAGUGGAGCUGCCCGAUGGUUUGGAAAGGUUGCGGAACGUGAUCAAACUAGCGGAGAGGAUGACUAGAGAAAGUAACAUUUCACCGCGUAAAAUCGAGGGCAUCGCCCAAGAGAUGGCGCAGCUAGAAUUGGACAUAUCGAAGAUACACUCUUUGUCCUAUAAGCUCAACCCUACCGGUGCUGAUUCCAAGGAGACGAGGGAGCUCCUGAGGGAUUUGGUCAAGAGAAAAGAAGUUCCCGUCGAGAAAAAGUCUGCAAUAGGAGAGCGUUUAACCAAGUUAUUUUAUGAGGCUCAACAGAGGGCUAAUCUGGUUAAAGAAGAACUGCCUGAGGAGGAAGCAACACCGUUCUCUACAGACAGAUAUCCGCAUCCGUCUAUGCGAGAAUUUGUCCUGUGUGUUAACACUAGAAAACCGGAAUUUUAUUCCUCGUAUUGUCCUCAAUACUUGAGGGCCAUACAAACGAACGAAGGAAUGAGGUUAGCCGGGGCUUUCAGCGAGGACAUUUGUUUCUUCUGAAAAUAGGAUAGCUGCUAUAUCGAAAUGUAUUCAUAUGCUUUAUUUUUUAUUGAUAUUUUAAUUUGUGAUGUGCGUUUGUUUUUUACAUCGAAUUAUUGUGAAUUGAUUGUCUUGGUGAGGGUUCUCAACUUGUUGCAAUGUAGAAAUAAUAUUUUUGGAUUGAAAUUAUCUCGUUAUCGUAUCAUAUUUAUAGUGUAUAGUGUUGAAAUUUUAUAAAUGAGAAUUCGAAAGUAAAGUCU